CAUGUCGACAUCCACAUGGUCAAAUUUAGGCUGUGUUGCACGAUUGUUGGGAAGAUAGAAGUUUUAUUUGACCGGAUUAAUGUAAAAACAAAUACUUUUCUCAGAGCUAUUCGUUACAGUCGUUUUUAAUCUGCACUUUAAGAAACAGACAUGGGUAAAGCUAAAAAUAAUAAAUUUAAAAGGCCUCGGUUCUCGGCUGAAGGACUCUCCGUUAAUGCUGUGAAAGAAGUUCUAGAGAACGAGGAUGAAGUUGAAGCUGACUCUCCGGCUGCUGAACUUUUAGAGAAACUACAGAGUCCCUGCGCGGACGUGCGUGAGUGUGCUUGUGCGAGCAUCUCUCGGAUGGUGCAGCAGAGUCAGACCAUCCCUAGCUUCCUCCAGCGGGACGCGGUGCGUCGUCUCGGACCACUGCUGCUUGACAGCUGCGUGGCUGUUCGGGAGACCGCGGCAGGAGCCCUCAGGAACCUAAGUGCAUGUGGGAGUCCCGAGGUGUGUGAGGACAUGGUGAGACAGGACAUCCUGACGCCUCUCAUCACCCUGCUCAGGGAGUGCUGCUCAGGCUUUGACGUUAAUCCUUCCCCGAAGAACUUGAAGAGCACAGUUGAAGACGUGGCCAACGAGGCCAUCAAUCUGCUGUGGAACCUGUGUGAGAACAGCAGUCAGGCCGUAUCACUGUUCAAUAAAGCGGGGCUGUUGGACGUGCUGGUUUUGUGCCUGGAGAGACAUGAGCAGAAGGUGGAGCUAGCUCUCUCUGCUGCCCAAUGCUUACACACGGUGACAGAGGAGAACGCGGAGCUGUUGGGAAGUGUGAACGUGGCCGUGCUGUCGGCCCUGGAGGCUGUGCUUCUCUCCACACACCCCGACAUGCAGCACACACUUCUGCGCACACUGGCUGCAGGCUCAUUAUGGAACCUGAAGAACAGUAUCCCAGUGGGGCGUCAGGCCCAGACUCUGAGCGCCCUCGUGGCCACUCUCUCAGCCAGCCUGGACCUGGACGGCGCAGCACUGAUCCCAGACCUGCUGCAGGCCGAGGCCGCUCGCCACGCAAACGAUGCCGCCCACGCUGGAGACCAGAGGGCGGAGAGCCCCGAGGAGCACCAUCACCUGGCCAACGGAGCAGAGGAAGAGAUGGAGGAGAUGGAGGAGGAGGAGGGGGAGGAGAGGGUGAACGGAGGACACACGGCGAGGAAGAAUAAAGACUUCUCUGACCUGCUACCGCAGGGAAAGGAGGAGCUAAGGGAAGCUACAGCACUGCUCUUGUCUCAGCAGACGUCGCUGGAGGUCAUCGUCAACAUGUGCUGCUCAGACGACCCAUCUGAUGAUGAAUGGGAGGAGAUGUCGAGUGGUGAUGAAAGUGAGGCUUGUGAAGUAGGCAGUCUGCAGUCUCCCCUCUGCCUCUCCGCUGAAGUCCACAGUGCCCUAAUACACCACUGCAUCCCUCAGAAGGUUCUGAAGAAGGCAGAGUUUCCCAGUCCUGCUGCAGUGGAUGCCUGUGGGAGAAACUCAUCAUGGAAGAGUCUGAUCAAAAAAAUGCACCGGGUGCAGUGCCGGGCCCUGACCUGUCUCCAUAACAUCCUAGCUACCAUGGAUACGGAACCUCUGGGUGGGGUUGCAGGUCUGCAGAUGGUGGCUCAGCACCUGGCCAGCUUGGUGUUCAGCUCUGCAGAGGUUCUGAAGGAAGAGGAGUUUCUGGAGGCAGUAACCAGUGCUCUGCGUUCACUGCUGCAGAUCAUGGCCUCCAAAAACAUCCCACAGUGUAUGAGUCCUCAGCAGCUGAUGGGUGUGUGUGAGGCGGCGACGCGAUGUGACGUGAUGAGUGUGAGGGUGAACGCUCUCGCCAUCCUGGGGAUCACAGGGAGCACUCUGGCCAAGGAGACGGGGUCAGCAGACACACUACAGAUGAUCGGGACAGCCCUACUCUCUGUGGCCUCUAAGGACUCUAACCUUGUGGUGUGUGGGGAGGCUCUGGACGCGCUGUUCGACGUGUUUGCCGACGGGGCCGAGGCGGAGAAGGCCGCCAGGAACAUCCACCUGCUGGCCGCCCUCAAGGCCCUGCAGCCCGUGUUCAAAUCCAAGCUGCGUAAGGAGGGCAAAGGCAACUACAGUCCGGAGCAGCUGUGUGUGCUGGACAACAUCAAGGUGAACCUGCGCAGGUUCAUCGGCUACCUGGAGACACUGAAGAAGAACUGAAGCGUCUGACUACUCUCUCUCCCCUGCCCAACCUACCUGAUGGACUGACCUCUGGGUGACCUCUAACAGGGGCAUAGGAAACAGCCGAUCAACCUGAUCAUCCCUCUGGACAUUUACAAACACCUGAAUGAUUUCAUUUAGUUUUCGUUUAGUCUUGGUCUUUCUUGUUUGAUAGAGAUGUUGACUAAUGUUUUUAUAAUUUUUUUAUGAGUGUGUUUUAAAAGUAUCUAAUAAGGACUAAAGGGGAUAAUGUGGUUCUUUGUAUCAUGUUUGGAUUUAAACAAAAUUAUUUUCAAAUUGUAUUGUAUUGUAUUCAAAUUAAGACAUUACGGAUGUCUUGUUACUUUACAGCCAUAUCGAUCCAGACAUGUAUUACUUUGACAAAGAUGUACUGAUUGAUAAAAAAAAAAAACAUCAGUUAAAACCAGAGCAAAGCACUCCUUGUUUUUAUUUAACUGUCAUUUUGUUGUGGCAGUCAAAUAAUAUUUGAGCAGUUAUGUUAUGUGAGCUUACCCUUCAGAAGCUGUAAGGGACCAGUGUCAACAUUAAGGUAUGUGACACAUACACACAAAUUCAUAGUGUAGGUUUGAACAGUACAGUUAAAAGUAGCAUCAAAAUUGAAUCAUGAACCUCACAAUUAUUAAAAGCAAUAGCAAUUACUAUAAUUUAAAGCCAUUUUACUAAAAGUCCUUGUAGAGUAUUAAAGUUGUUUUAUAGUGAAGGGAAACUAUGAACUAAUUUGUGACUAAUAGGUAUACAUUGAUGGACUGAUGCAGUCUGCCUAUGUACUGCAUGUUCAGUUUUAAAGGGUGUACAGGUCUCUCAGGAGUGUGUGUGCUGAGUUCACACCAUUAAAGGACUUCUUUGUGGU